AUGGGAUGGGGAACACUUUUUCAAACAAUCCAUGUUGAUGAUUCUGUGUGGACUAUCGAGGAUGGCUGUCUAUUAGACAUUGUCCUCAGUAAGAGUAAUACUUUCAAACAAGAUGAAAUAUGGGAGUCGCUCAUGGAGGACGGAAGUUAUAAGCCAGAUCCCCUUGUGUUUCAUGAAAUGCGAAAGAAGCUAGAUCUUGAAAGAUUUCAGCUUGAGAACCCGGGAUUUGAUUUCAGUCAAGCUAAGCUGCAGAAGUGCUAUGACAAACCUCCAGUAUAAUUUAAAUAAGAAGUUCUUUAGUCAUUACUUCAUCAUUCCUUUUAGGAAUUUCAAGUUUGCGUACUUGCUUUGUUUGUUUCCUGAUAAAUUAGCUGCUGUCUAGAUACUCGAGUAUUGCUUAUGGAAAACAACAAGCUAUUAUUUCACAUACUUCUGAUGUUUAUAUUUCAACUUAUAUACUAGACAAUUAUUUUGAUUUAAUAUCAUACAGUGGAAAAAUUAUAAAUUAUUUCAGAGAA